GUGGGGAGGCAGCCGGAUUCUCUGUGUCCGCGAACUCCGGAGGUUCAAUUUGGGGUGGAGAUACCCGGCGCAUCAGUAUAUGUGACAGCCUAUAAUGCAGCAGAGUCAAGACGCUGCUAGCCAGCAUCUCUGAACAGUACCAGGAGAUCCGAUCUUUCCUCGAGAAGCCAAAGACCAAUCCGAUCCGACAAGAUGAGCCAAGUGGGUUAUCUUCGAGUCCAACUGAGCCCGACGGGCAGCGUGGAGGAUUUCGAUGCCUGGAGGCUCAAAACCUUCCAGCAGAUACCAGGGACGACCCAGCAGAAAUUCCUCACGGCAACCGAUGAUCCCGAUCCUGCCAAACCGUACCGCUCGGAGGUUGUGUACGACAUCGAGGAUAUCACCAAACUGGACCUAGACAAAUUACUGCAAGAAUGGUCAUCGCCCGUGGCCACCAUCACUCUGGUCCUCUACAAACGAAUGGACUUUGCCGCACACGAUGGCAAGGAAAUCCCUCCAGAGGAUGGCGUAAUCGUGGCGAAUUCGCUGACUCCCGAAAACGACCCGGACGUUUUGGAGGACUAUCAUGCAUGGUACCGAGACGAACACAUCCAUAAGUUGAUGCAGAUUCCUGGGUGGCGUACUGGAAGUCGAUAUCAGUUGCUGGACCGACGUGGAGAGUGUGCCGAAUAUGUCGGCCCUUUCAUGGCUGUCCAUCAGUACGAUCGUGAAAACGGCCUUGGGGGCCCAGAAUUCCUGAAAUCGGUACUAUCGGACUGGACCAAGAAGAUUGACAAGAGAAUGGCAAAGCGCCCUCACAGAAGAGUUUUCAAGAUUGAUCGAUGCACAUUGUAUUAG